AUGACUACAGUGCAGUGGGAUGGCAGAUUAGAGUUGAGGGUGGAGCUCAAGCCUCAGAUAGUGGUGUGCAUUCCUUGUAUAGUCAUUCCAGUUAUGCUCUGGAUCUACAAAAAAUUCCUGGAGCCAUACACAUACCCUCUGAUUUCCCCCUUUGUUAGUCAUAUUUGGCCUAGAAAAGCUAUAUCAGAAUCCAACGAUAAAAAUAAAGGCAAAGUAGACUAUAACAGUGCAGACAUAAAUGGGUUAUCAACAAAAGGACCGACAGAAAUCUCUGAUAGACUAAAGUGA